GCACGACGUUCUCAUUUUGGCGUGGAACGAGUCGGCCAUUUUUGUUGCUUGACAUAGGAAAUAGAAUUUGUUUCUAUGCGUAACCUAGAGGUCUAAACUCUGAAAUUUCAUGGCCCAGGCUGAGAGUAACAAGUCUUUUUCCCUGUGAUGUGUUUUAAAUGGAGAUAACACCACAAUUGCUUUGUAAACUUCACUUUUUGAUGGACCCAAGGGCAGUUCUCCACAGUCAACUUGGUGCAGUAUUUGUGAAAAACAAAGUAAAGAACGUAUUCUAAAGAUCGUCGUAGCAAGAUAAGUAGUCACACUGUGUGUAAGAAAACUGAAAAGUUGAAAAAAUUGCGAAUGACGUGCAUUAUUGGUGCGUAGAAGAGCAUCAACUGUAGUCGCACCUGGACGUCAAAAAAUAAUUUAUUCAACAUGUCGACUCGAACACCACUACAAACAGUUCAUGAAUCGGUUACAUCCGAAUCAAGGAGCAGCAAUCGUCGGCAAACCGAUGACAAUGCCAACCCAAGAAUCUCAUCCUCUGGGCGAAGAACGGAUGAACCGCACAUUGGAAAAUACAGACUAAUAAAAACCAUUGGCAAGGGAAAUUUUGCAAAAGUGAAGUUGGCUAAACAUGUCCCAACUGGCAGAGAGGUUGCAAUCAAAAUUAUUGACAAAACACAGCUAAACCCAUCAAGUUUGAACAAGCUGUUCAGGGAAGUAAGAAUAAUGAAGAACUUGGAUCAUCCUAACAUUGUGAAGUUGUUUGAGGUGAUAGAGACAGAAAAAACACUCUACUUAGUUAUGGAGUAUGCAAGUGGAGGAGAGGUGUUUGACUACCUUGUUGCACAUGGGAGAAUGAAAGAAAAGGAAGCCAGGGCAAAAUUUCGACAGAUUGUUUCAGCUGUACAGUAUUGUCACCAGAAGCAUAUAGUCCACAGAGAUCUAAAGGCAGAAAACUUACUUUUAGAUGCUGAUAUGAACAUAAAGAUUGCAGACUUUGGUUUUAGCAAUGAAUUUGUUCCUGGAAACAAACUAGACACUUUUUGUGGUAGUCCACCUUAUGCUGCUCCAGAGUUGUUUCAAGGGAAAAAGUAUGAUGGACCUGAGGUGGAUGUUUGGAGUUUAGGUGUGAUACUGUAUACUCUAGUCAGUGGUUCUCUUCCGUUUGAUGGACAAAAUCUAAAAGAACUUCGAGAAAGAGUUUUGAGAGGAAAAUACAGAAUACCAUUCUACAUGUCAACAGACUGUGAAAAUCUGUUAAAAAAAUUUUUAGUGUUAAAUCCUACCAAGCGAGUGUGUCUAGAGAAUAUUAUGAAGGACAAGUGGAUGAAUAUAGGUUGCGAGGAUGAUGAACUAAAACCUUAUGUAGAGCCCCCUGCAGAUGUUCUUGACCCCUUGCGGAUAGAGCUGAUGCUGAAUAUGGGAUAUACACGACAGGCUGUGGAGGAUUCCAUCACCCAUCAGAAGUACGAUGAUGUACAGGCCACAUAUUUGUUGUUAGGCCGCAGAACAUCCGAUUUGGAGGGUAGUGAUCGCUCUGGAAGUAGUCAGUCGCUGCGACAUUUAGCCCAGAUGUCGUCCAAUAGGCCCCACAGUGAAAACACGGCCAGCAGUCAGUCACCUAACAAAGUGACUCGCAGUCAGUCCGCUACCAGUAGUGGCACCAAUCAGGGCCGCCGGCGAUACAGUCAGGGCACCGAAAACAAUGGUAGUAUCAAACGUACAACAGGACCAUCCAGCUCUCAAUCAUCAUCACACACCCCACGUAGACAAAACACCAUCGACCCUUCCUCCACCAAGGAAAACGCUCUGUCAGGGCGGAAAACCCCCUCAGGGGGCCCUGUCAUGGAAUCUCCAAAGAGAUCUCCUUUUGUACGAGAGAGUAUCAAGGGACAGCAGAUCAGUUCCACACCAACACGUUCUACCAUGCCUAAAAAGCUGAGUUCAUCACAGACCUCCUCCUCCUCCUCUUCCUCCUCUACAGCCAAGAACAGCUCCAUCCACAGUAGUAUUCCCCGCCGCACAGGCCGCAGUGAGACAUUCAGUCCGGGGGACACACGGGUCCCACCCACCCAGGAAAAACCAGCACGGACAAGCAAUGGCCAGGAUCUCAGAGGACCAAUGUCAAAUUCAACUGGUGGUACAGAGAAUCCAUCGGUUCGUCCUAAGAGUCAUGUGAAAUCUGCAAGUCUUACCCAGUCUCAGGUGGCCCGUGUGACAGACCUACCUCCACUCAGUGAUGGGGACAACUUCAGACCAACGACCGCCCCUGGAAAAACUUUACCUGUUUCUCCUGUACCACCCAAAAGUUAUCUGAAUAGAACUGUACUCAGAAACACAUUCCAUGGUGGUCCAGUGAGAGACAGACGCCAGCCCAGAACUUACAAUGGACCCGAUCAAACUCAGGACACCUCGGCCAUGAAUGCGGCAGGUCGCAUGUCAUUUUUCAAUAAACUAAGUCAAAAAUUCAGUAGAAGGGAUAACACAACUUUGAGUGGGGAGAAGGUGGAACAUAGGUCGUUGAGUCGUGAACUGUACGUUUCCACUCACAACAAAUUGUUCCGCAGGUCAGUAGCAGAGGGUCAGUCAGACAACCCAAUGGUCAAACCCAGAUCUCUCCGAUUCACAUGGAGCAUGAAAACGACUAGUUCAAUGGACCCUAAUGACAUGAUGAAAGAAAUCAGAAAAGUGUUAGAUGCCAACAACUGUGAUUAUGAACAGCGGGAGAAGUUUUUGUUACUGUGUGUACAUGGUGAUCCUAACACAGACAGCUUAGUGCAAUGGGAAAUGGAGGUCUGCAAACUCCCCAGACUCUCUCUCAAUGGAGUACGAUUCAAACGGAUUUCAGGGACCUCUAUAGGAUUUAAGAACAUUGCUUCAAAAAUUGCCAAUGAACUUAAACUGUGAUGCCAUGUUAAAGUGCUGGAUGGUUGAAUGGCUGCUAUAGGACGGCCACUGAAGCAGGCAGAGGGGGGCAGGGCCUGGACCAACCAUUGUGUAAAAGUUGGACAGUGGACAGAUUUUUUAGAUAUUAACUCGACUGUGGUAAAUUUAUAUAACAAUCGCAUUAACAGAUUUUUAUUUUGUACAGAUAUGUUAAGAAAAUAUUAAAGUAUAUGUACAUUAAAAUAAAUUGGGCCCAUGCAAACCGCUGGGAUGAUAAUGUGUACAAAAGAAUAAUAUAUAUUUAAGACCUGUGUAAAUGUUGAAGAGAGGUAGAUGUGGAUGUAAUUGUGUAUGUGUGUGUGAUAAACUUGGAGGGAUGGACACUGAAACAGAGUAAGGAAUGGUAGAAUUCGAACGUUCUUCCAAGCUUGUCGGGUUACAAUAGUAUGGAGGAAACAGGGAUGGUAAUAUAUCACUAAAUAAUGAAAAGGAACUGCUCCAACUUUUAAUCUUGCCAUGAUUGUAUUUGGUGAAAGUAGGAAUUAUGUUUGAAAUGCAUUUGCAUAUUUUGUGACAGUGCCAUCCUUCCAUAGUUCCCAGUUAUCUAGUGCAAUUUACUUUCCAAAGGUAAAUAUUGUGAACAAAGAUAUAGGUGGUGUUCUUUUAUGUUUUAGACAUGUCUGCAUGUGUAUGAUAUAUGCUUCCAUGAACUACUUUUAAACCCUUCUCGAUGCCUAGAUGAUAAUCUAGCUCUUUUCUAGCCCCUGGCCAACCCCUGCUUAAUUUGGAGGAAUUACCCACAGUGGACCUAUUUAAGCAUAAUGGAUAAUAAUCUGUCAUCAUCUGAUUUCAUUAACCAAAUUGGAGAAUACUUACAAAUGAGAUUAAUUUGUAGUGGAUGUAGAGAACAGUAUUUUACAUUAGUAACUGCCAGUGCAGGAUUUUUUGAACAUUCAUUAUGGGUAUAAAGUGUGCACUUUGUGUUGGUCAUUGUACUAGUGAUAAAAUAACUUGUAAACAUGUCAAUGCUUUUAGAUUUUUUUCGUUUUAUUGUACCAUGUAGAACUCAACAAGUUAUUUUUUUACGUUUAUUUUGGGUUGAAGAGGACAUGUUCACCCAACCAAAUACAGUGGCAUAAAAGAUAAGAUGGAACAGUUUAGCAUGUUAGGGUUGGCGAUUGUUAGCUGUGAACCUCUCAGGAGCUUCACAGUCAGAUUCAGGAGCAGUUUUUUUCUUCACAGACAAUAAAGUAGUUGAUUCACCUUAUACAUGUACCAAGCAAUUGUGCCAAGAUAUUCAAUCUUUUCCCCCCAGGUUUUUUAGCACACAUGUUGAACAGAAAUGAAUGUGUUGAAUGAGUGUCUUAAAAGACAUCUUUCAGCAGGUGCAAUUGUUUAGCAUUUUGCAUCAGCUGAAUUAUCUUGCAGAUUUUCUUUUAUCAUGAAAUGAAUUCUGGUUAUUUAUUAUCUCUGGACCUUCCUCUUGGACUGAAUAAUUCAACUCUGACCCAUCAAUGCUACUCUCCUACUUUUUCAAUUUUUUAAAUAUAUACUAUUAUGCAUAAAAUGCAAUAUAUUUGGGUGUUAAUAAUUUUAAUUUUUUUUCUACUUAAACAUUGUACAUAUAGAUACACGGCAUUUGCAAUGUAAGUGACUUUGGUCCUUGUACUUAACAGAAUCUGCAAGUCCAAGAAUUCCGCUCAGGAAGGGAGCUUUUUACUUUAUUAUUUGUCUCACUGCAUUCUGCACAACAGGGUGAUAGAACUGUACACAUGCGUUCAUGAAUAUGUGAUAUGAUGAAAGGUUUUUAUUUCAACAUCACAGAUUGUUAGCGAUUCAUUAUCUUUAUUCCGGCAUCUGAAUAGAUUGUAUUGUUUUUAUGCUUUUGAGUAUCAUUCAUGUGAUGAUUUAUCAGUAAUAUACGCGUAUCAUGGGUAAGUCACAUUGUACUUGACUACCCAGUAAUAUAUAUAUGCAUGAAAACAGGACAAUCGUAUUUUGAUGUCUGGAUGUUGUUGUUUGUUACCCAGGAUCAGAGUUCACCCUAUCAGAAAAAUAAUCUUUUUAUCAAUUGUCAUACUUUUAGUUCAUCAUGAUAAAUAGUGAACAGGCAAUUAAAAUUUUCAAACGAC